UAUUUGAAGCUCUGACAAUGGCUACCAAUAAGGCAUUGACACUGGUGUUGGUCAUCCUUUGUUUUGUUCUCGUUCAUGAGUUGGAGACCAACAGUGGACAUCUGAUGACAGCUAAUGCUGAAAAAAUAGACUGCAAAUCCAAGUGUGCAUACCGAUGCAGCAAGGCGGGGUGGCAUAAGCUAUGUCUUAGAGCAUGUAACACUUGCUGCGAGAGGUGUAACUGCGUGCCACCGGGUACUGCCGGCAACGAAGAUGUCUGCCCUUGCUAUGCCAAGAUGACCACCCAUGGUGGUAGGCACAAAUGUCCUUAAUUAUUAGGAACAAUUUAUUUUCGAUCUUCAGGUUUCCAUGUAUAUACAAUACGUACAAGUACAUAUGUAACUGUAUGCAUGCUUACCAAAAUGUACAAGAAUAAAACCAGAAGCAUGCCGGUAGGUAUUUUUCCUUAUAUUUGGACUCCUAAGUGAGACAUUUUGAAGGACUUCAAAUGGAUCUUCAUCUCUUCUUCCUUUGCCUCUACUUUGUCGCUUGCCCAUUUUAAUUUAGGUUAUGUUUAGUUCCAGAAAUUUUUGAGUUGUCUAAUA